AUGGAUCUGGAAAUCCAGAAACUUGUCAAUCAACUUGUCAAUCAACUUGUCAAUCUAAAAACUGCGGACAUCAGUUCCCAUCUACAUUUGCAAAUUUCCGUACGCGAGCGUGUGAAAGAUCUGUCUCUGUUCUUAGAUCAGGUCAAUAUUUCCAAAGCAGCGAUCAAAACGACGACACUCGUAGCAGAGUACUCUGCUCCACCACGUCGACGGGCUACGACACUUAGUCCUACUCGCUGUGGUCAACGGACCUCUCUUGUGAACCUGCUUCCAGCUAUCGAAGCGGAGAGAAAUGUACGACUCGACACUGCUCAGACGACAGACAACCCGCAAGUUGGAAGCGCCCCGGCUGAUACCUCGCUGGACAUCAGUUCGGGUACAGAACAGGCAUCAGCGGGAACAAACCCUCCUCGAUCCAAUCGAAAAGAAACCGGAAACAGUAAAACCCAAGUCCCAUCACCAAUCCUUCCAUUCAAGUGGUCACGCCAGAAUCUGCUUAUAAGGUUUCAAGCACAUUUGGAGGAGCAUCCUGUAAUAAUACAAGCUCAGUCCCUACCACAGCCCAAGGAAAACAAGGAGGAUCGUGCUAUCCGUUAUAUCAAAGUCUUCCUCGCGUCUUUAUGGGUGUAUCAAGACUUUCAACAAUUUCAAAAGCGGCGGUGUGCGACUGAUCGACGUGCCGCCAGACAAGGACCAUUCGGUGGACGCCGGGCCUACGCUCUGUCACUGAACGUAACUGAGACAAGUCUCAGAUCCACACUCGAACUCGGUAAGCGCUUGGAUGAAUUGCGUGGCGCUACACUCUUCUUCGCACAGAAAGAGCGAUUUAGGUGGUUACGGUCGUGUGGUACCGAAACAUUCCAAAAGGCUAAGGACUCUUACACGUCGUGCAGCUUGGUAAAAGACCACCUUGAUCCUUCUUGGACAGAGCUGAAGAAGAUUUGUUUCGACUGGUUCGUACAUAAGAUUUUCGUCCACAAGAACCGGGCAUGGAUCGUGUCGCUCAUGGAGCAAGAAAACAGGACACUGUCAGACUGUGAAGAAGGAUACAACAGAAUUGGUGAUGAUUCUGAAAAUGUGACGACUAAAAGGAGGAGAAUGGCUGAGAAAAGCCGUGACGCACCAGUGAGAGAUCCGCCUCGGACACAACCGGGUUGGUGUUCUGACAUAAACGUUGAUUCAAGUCUUCCGACCCUACACAAGACGUUCGUCGAGGAAGCAGUUGGGUUUUCAGACCAGCAGUUUGCAACCAAUACAACAUUUCCCACACCACUUGCGCAAAACGAGAAAGCAUCGCAACCAGAGUCGACUCACCCAGCAAUGACCUCGUACGAUGUGACUGACGACGCUAUACAGAUACAGCUCGAAUCGAUCGAUUGGGCAGGCCUGCAGAUCGAAUCCGACCUUUACGGAGAUACCUUAUCGGACACACUUUGA